AACACGCGCACACACGUACGUACGUACCCCUACUGGUGCAGAGUUUGGUUGCACGAAGACGUACUAGCGGAGAUGGCAGGGCAUCGUGCCUGCAUGUUUUCGGUGGCGUUGGCCCUUCUUGGAGUGCUUCUGGCAUCCAUUCCUGCAGCGGUGCAGUCCAUCGGCGUGUGCUACGGCGUGAACGGCGACGGCCUGCCCUCGGCCAGCGAAGUCGUGCGGCUCUACCAGUCCAACGGCAUCACCGGCAUGCGCAUCUACUUCCCGGACGCCGACGCCCUGCAGGCCCUCAGCGGCAGCAACAUCGACCUCAUCAUCGACGUGGCCAACGAGGACCUCGCCUCCCUCGCCUCCGACCGCGCGGCCGCCACCGCCUGGGUCCAGACCAACGUGCAGGCCCACCAGGGCCUCAACAUCAAGUACAUCGCCGCCGGCAACGAGGUGGGCGACCAGGGCGGCGACACGGGGAACAUCCUCCCGGCCAUGCAGAACCUCGACGCCGCACUCUCCGCGGCCGGGCUAGGCGGCAUCAAGGUGUCCACGUCGGUGUCGCAGGGCGUGACCGCCGGCUACCCUCCCUCCCAAGGCACCUUCUCCGCCGGCUACAUGGGACCCAUCGCGCAGUACCUGGCCACCACCGGCGCGCCGCUGCUCGCCAACGUUUACCCCUACUUCUCGUACGUGGACAACCAGGCCCAGAUCGACAUCAACUACGCGCUCUUCACGUCGCCGGGCACCGUGGUGCAGGACGGCGCCAACGCGUACCAGAACCUGUUCGACGCCCUCGUCGACACGUUCUACUCCGCGCUCGAGAGCGCCGGCGCCGGAAGCGUCAACGUGGUGGUGUCAGAGAGCGGGUGGCCGUCGGCCGGCGGCACGGCGGCGACCACGGACAACGCGCAGACGUACAACCAGAACCUGAUCAAACAUGUCGGGCAAGGGACGCCCAAGAGGCCCAGCGCCAUCGAGGCCUACGUGUUCGCCAUGUUCAACGAGGACAAGAAGGGCCCGGCUGAGAUCGAGAAGCACUUUGGGCUCUUCAACCCGGACAAAUCGCCGGCGUACCCCAUCAGUUUCUAGACGGCGGGACACAUCUAUACGCGUGCGUACGUAGCAAGACAACAAACAUUUCCUUUUGCUCAGCUAGAAUAAACUACUGCGGGCUUUGUACUUGAAUAAGCUGCCUCUACUGUAGAAUGCGAACAUCGUGCUUUGCA